AUGGCCACAAUAUACGUGCUGGGAGGUUCAACAGUGGCAGGCAUAGCGAGUCUGGCCCUGCUGCCUCCAAAUAUUGGUGCGACACUGUGCUACGUAUUUGCUUUGCUGCCUAUUCUCUUUUUGAGCGUAGGCAGUUCGGCACCGGGGUAUAUUGCCAACGCCAUUUCCUCGGUCCGGGGGGAUGUCGAUGACGGUGUCACACCACAGGAGCGUAUUUGUCGUCACGAAGCCGCACAUUUUUGCUGCGGGUAUUGGUGCGGACUGCCAAUAAAGGGAUACUCCGUAGAAAAUGGUAUUGCCAAGGUCGAGUUUGGGGUCAAUACCCAGCAGUUGACUGCAACCGAAGUCGCGGCACUAUCCGUGACAGCCUUGUCCGGGUUGGUGGCUGAAGCUCAGACCUUUGGCAAGGCGGUGGGGGCCGAAAGCGAUUUGCUCACUUUAGAAAUGGUCUUUAGGCAGUCUGCCGACUUUAUUGGGGCUGCAGCCCAGCAAGAUCUGACACGGUGGGGAGCCCUGAAUGCGGCUUUGCUUCUGAAAGAACACAAUGCGAAAUACGAACAGGUGGUACAGGCAUUUGCUUCGCAGCAAUCCGUGGAAGAUUGUGUUGCCAUUCUAGAAUCCUAG